CUGUGACCUCAGAACAUGCGCAAGUACACCACCAGGACCCCGUUGCUGAGCGUGAGCUGCGGGACUGCCGGUGGCACCAAGACCAGGACCUCAUCUCCCAGGACAGCUGGAGGUGAUCACAUGCAUGCUGGGACUCUGCAGCCCUCUGGGGAGGCUCAAAGGGGAGGGGAAUCAGAGGCAGCAGUCACGCAUUUUCUAGCAAGCCUCGGGCUCUUGCAUCAGGAGUGGAGGCAUCAGGACAACUCUGCAGCCAUGCAGGAAGCUGUAUCUGCCUGUUCCCCAAACCAGCCUACUCUGGGCAAACUCAAAAGAAACAUGAUGCCUCAGACCUCAGAGAAGAAAAGACAAGUCCAUUUAGCCAAGACCAAGAGGAGAUGUCAUGAAAGAGUUGCACUUCCUGUAAGGCUGACCAGUUGCAUUUUAAAGAGGCCAGUCACAAGGAUAACUUCUCAUCCUGACAACGAGGUCAGGUACAAUGAAAGGGAAAGGACUUUGGAGAAGCCCCAGCAAAUCUGUGCAUACAGGAGGCUGCAGGGACUCCAGGCCUGCAGCAGCGAAGGAGAAACUUUAAGUACUUUGGACUUCAUAAAUAUCGCACAAAUAAUUUCACUGGGUAAUGCGGCUGCGGGGUCUCCACUUAGCAGCUCUGAGCCCAGCAUGGUACCAUCUUCAGCUCGGGCGGGGAUGAUCCCAGGAGUGGAUCUCUGUCUCCUUCCAUCCAUCUGCAGAGAGCCAGUAGUAACACCUGGAGAUAUCCGGAGACAGACGUGGAGAGUGAAAGAUGCAAGAAAGAGAUUGGCUGAAGCCUUGAGAGAAGACAGGCUCGCCAGGGAGGUGGAGAGAGCCAGAAGCCAAGAGGGACAUUCUGACAACUAGAGGAAAAGGAGGAAAAGGUUGUGUGGAAGGAUUGAAUGAGGUGGCCCCUUGAGGGGUGCUUCACAGCCCCCAGUUUCACUUCCUGUUGUGAUGUCAAUCCUGUUUCUUGCUCUAUACCACUGUGCUUUGUUAUAUCAAACUUGUACUGCAUUAAACCCUUUUGAGAGACAAA